UAUCUCUCCGGUAUUUUGUCCCUGCGGAGCUUCCAUACAUCCCAGUGUUUUUAUCAGCUGACGCAGCGGCUGCUCCAGCUCGGUUAGCGGGACACUGGUUACCGGAACCGGGCAUGUGAUCCGCUUCGUGCCGCGGCUUCGAUAACAUUCAUCCAGGCAGGAACCCCCCGCCUCCCCCCGCCGUUAUCAGCGCAGUUUGCUCCGCCUGGUCCUCACUCCGCCGGUUAUCUCGCUGACUUUUGCCCCCCGAGGCGCCGCUAGCCGCGGCUAGCCUCCCGGCUAGCAGCCGCUAUAAAGGAGCGGGGAGCCGCGGCUCAGCGACCGGGAGAAGGCGCUCCGCUGCGGGAUGAGCCAUGGCGUCUGUCCGGGUGGCUGUGCGGGUCAGGCCGAUGAACAGGCGGGAGAAGGACCUGGCUGCCAGGUGCAUCAUCCAGAUGGAGGGAACCAAAACCAGCAUCACCAACCUGAAGAUCCCAGAUGGAGUGGCUGGAGACUCCAUGAGGGAACGGACCAGAACCUUCACCUACGACUUCUCCUACGACUCCAUGGACUCUAAGAGCUCCUCGUUCGUCUCGCAGGAGAAGGUGUUCAGGGACCUGGGUUCUGACGUGCUGAAGGCCGCCUUCGAGGGCUACAACGCCUGCGUCUUCGCCUACGGUCAGACCGGCUCUGGGAAGUCCUACACCAUGAUGGGGCUUCCAGGUGACGCCGGCCUCGUCCCGCGGUUCUGUGAGAGUUUGUUCAGCCGGAUCUCUGAUGCGUCGCGUCGGGAUGAAGCUUCGUUCCGCACAGAAGUCAGCUACCUGGAGAUCUACAACGAGCGGGUGAGGGACCUGCUGAGGAGGAAGUCCACCCACACCUACAACCUGAGAGUGCGGGAGCACCCCAAAGACGGGCCCUACGUGGAAGAUCUGUCCAAACACCUGGUCCAGAACUACAGCGACGUGGAGGAGCUGAUGGAGGCGGGAAACAUCAACCGGACCACGGCCAGCACCAGCAUGAACGACGUCAGCAGCCGCUCCCACGCCAUCUUCACCAUCAACUUCACGCAGGCCAAGUUUGACGCUGAGAUGCCGAGUGAGACGGUCAGUAAGAUCCAUCUGGUGGAUCUGGCCGGCAGCGAGCGAGCCGAGGCCACCGGCGCCACCGGCGUCCGCCUGAAGGAGGGCGGCAACAUCAACAAGUCGCUCGUCACGCUGGGGAACGUCAUCUCUGCUCUGGCUGACAUGGCGCAGGACGGCGGGAACCCCGGCCUGAAGAAGAAGGCGGUCUUUGUUCCCUACAGAGACUCUGUGCUGACGUGGCUGCUGAAGGACAGCCUGGGCGGGAACUCCAAGACCAUCAUGAUCGCAACCGUCUCCCCCGCGGACGUGAACUACGGCGAGACGCUCAGCACGCUGCGCUACGCUAACCGGGCCAAGAACAUCAUCAACAAGCCCACCAUCAACGAGGACUGCAACGUGCGGCUGAUCCGGGAGCUGCGGGCCGAGAUCGCCCGGCUGAAGGCGCUGCUGGUUCAGGGGAACCAGAUCGCUCUGCUGGAUUCGCCCACCGCUCUGAGCAUGGAGGAGAAGCUGCACCAGAACGAGGCCCGGGUUCUGGAGCUGACCAAAGAGUGGACCAACAAGUGGAACGAGACCCAGAACAUCCUGAAGGAGGAGACGCUGGCGCUGAGGAAGGAGGGGAUCGGCGUGGUUCUGGACUCGGAGCUGCCGCACCUGAUCGGCAUCGACGACGACCUGCUCAGCACCGGCAUCAUCCUGUACCACCUGAAGGAGGGACGGACCUACGUGGGCCGGGAGGACGCGUCCAGCGAGCAGGACAUCGUUCUGCACGGUCUGGACCUGGAGAGCGAGCACUGCGUGUUUGAGAACCAGAACGGGACGGUGACGCUGGUACCGCUGGGCGGAGCUCAGUGUUCGGUCAACGGGGUUCUGGUGACGGCGCCGUCGCAGCUCAACCAAGGAGCCGUUAUUCUGCUCGGCCGGACCAACAUGUUCCGCUUCAACCAUCCCAAGGAGGCAGCCAAGCUGAGGGAGAAGCGGAAGAGCGGCCUCCUGUCCUCCUUCAGCCUCUCCAUGACGGACCUGUCCAGGUCCUGCGAGAACCUCUCCACCGUCAUGCUCUACAACCCGGGUCUCUUCACUCAGAAGGGCCCCCCCGUCCUCCUCAGGCUGGAGUUUGAGCGGCAGCAGAGAGAAGAGCUGGAGAAGCUGGAGAUGAAAAGGAGGCUGAUCAAAGACAUGGAGGCCAAGCAGCUGAGCGAGAAGGCGGAGCUGGAGCGCCUCCAGCAGGAGGUGGAGAGUCAGCGCAAGGAGUCGCAGGAGGUGCAGCAGCGGAUCCUCCGUCAGGAGGAGAGCCUGCGCCGCCGCAGCCAAGACAUCGAGAGCCGCCUGCGGGACUUCUUGGCUGAAAAGGAGCGUUUCGAGGAGGAGCGGCGCUCCGAGGUCCAGGAGGUGGAGCUGCAGCGCAGAAAGCUGCAGCAGGAGGAGGAAGAGGCGGAGGAGCAGGAGGUGAAGCGGCGGCAGCAGGAGGCCGCGGAGCAGACGGAGAUCUACCGCGAGCUGGAGCGUUUGAAGAAGGAGCGCGAGGAGCAGCAGGUGCGGCUGGAGAUGGAGCGGCGGCGGCUGGAGGAGCAGGAGCGGGAGCAGCUUAGCCUGGUCGGGAGGCUGGAGGAGCAGCUGAGGGAGAAACAGGAGGCGGCUGCCGCCCUGCGGACCAGGGAGGACGUCCGGCGCCUGGAGGAGGAGCGCCGGGCGCUGACGGACAUCAGAGAGGCGCUCCUCCGGGCCAAGGAGGCCGCCGAGCGCACCGACGUGGAGGACGCCAGCAAGGAGGCGCGAGCCGUGCAGAAGCAGUACACGGCCUUCAAGGAGGCGCAGGUGAGGGAGCUGGGAAGGCUGGAGGAGGGGCUGCGUCAGCAGAAGGAGCUGCUGGAGGAGGAGGUGGCCGCAGAGAAGAGCACGCUGCUGCUCCUCGCCCGCGGACUGAAGGAGCGGCAGCAGCAGCUGAAGGAGGCGCAGCAGAGAGGAGCGCAGGACGCCACGGCCGCCGGCCACGAGGAGCAGCUCCUCCGGCAGGCGGAGCACCGGCUGCACUUCAAGGAGCGACAGCUGGCCAACCUGGCCGGCGGCCUCCUCCCCGCGCUGGCCGAGGAGAAGCAGCGGGCGGCGGAGGUGCUGGAGCGCAGCGCCGCGGGGAGCAACCAGAACCAGGAGGCGCCGCCGGGCCUGGACAACACGCUGUUCCAGGUGGAGAAGGAGCUGGAGGACAAGGAGGACAAGCUGCACCUCCACUGGCACGGGGCGCAGCAGCUGCAGCAGCUGCAGGAGACGUACGAGUUCACGGCCAACGUGGCGCGGCAGGAGGAGAAGGUGAGGAGGAAGGAGAAGGAGAUCCUGGAGUCCCAGGAGAAGCAGCAGCGGGAGGCCAUGGAGCAGGCGGUGGCCCGGCUGGAGAGGAGGCACUCCGCCCUGAGGCGCAGCGCCUCCCUGGAGCCCGACGCCGAGGAGCAGCGCUGUCCCGGCGAGCUGGACCAGCACAGGGUGGAGCGUGAGAUCCAGAAGCUGCGGCAGAGGAUCAGCGAGGGCGAGAACCAGAACCGCAACCAGAACCGCAACCAGUCCGUCUGCGGCGAGGAGAAGUCGGGCCGCAGCAGCUCCCCGGUCGGCCACAUCCAGAGUCUGAACACGCUGCUGUCGCUCUCUGACGACAGGAUCAACGCCUACAUCGAGGAGGAGGUCCAGCGGCGGAUCCGGAAGAUGAACCUGCUGAACGGCACCGGCAGCGUGGAUCUGUCGCUGUCCUGCGAGUCUCUCGGGGACGACCAGGAAGUUAGCGACACUAGUUCUGUUAGCUUAACCGCUGAGGACGAUGAAAAGCUGCAGAACGUAAACCCACGGAGGCUGAAGUACGAGAACACCUGCUGGUCUGACCUCCUGGGCUCUCCGGGGUUUGAGAAAAGUUUCCUCCCUGACGUCCAGAACGUGUUUGAAGAACCAAAGAAUGACCUCCUGGCGCCUCAGACAGAAAAACGUCUGGAAUCCUCAGAGGAAAUCUUGAUUGAAAAAGUUUUGGACAAAGAAAAAUGGUGGGAAGGAGAAGUGAACAUGCUGGCAGGAAAGGGGCUUAAAGCCGUCUGCGGACCGGACUGUUGUUACAAAAGCCGAGCAACCAACAGCCUGAGUGGCGACAAGAACAUCAGCAGUGACCACAAUUACCUCUACUCUGAUUGUGAAGAUCAGAACAUGUUGAACAAACCGUUUAAUUCCCACUCAGAGAAAACGAUCAAUAAUCAAACAUGUGAACCAGAAAGAGACGAAGAACCAGAACUGCUGAAGCUGCAAAGCUCUGACGGCUCCAAGCGAGAGUGCGACGAGGAAAUCAACGGUUCAGAGACGCCAGAAGCAGAGAAAACAUCUGAGAACAUCCGUCACGUAGUGGAGGAGCUGGAAAACGUUAAGAACCGAGCUCAAAGCAUUCACAGCAGCAACACCGACGAGUUGGACCGGUCAAACCUGCAAGGUUCUGGCAAGGAGUUCAUUUGGUCUGAGCAAGAGGAAGCUAACAAAGUCUCAGACCUGGAUAAAGUUCAAACCCACGACCAGAAGACAGGAGAAGAGUCGGAGCGUUCAAGUUCUCCUGAUUCCAUCGACUCUGAGCACGACUCCAAACAAGACAUGUCAGACAAGAGCCACAGUUUGGAGCUUGAAAACAUCAAGAAUCAAACUGGUGAAGAGGAGAGAGCAGAAGAGUCUGAGCUGGUAAAGCUGCAGAGCUCUGGCAAUGAGUUGACCGUCUCUGAGCCAGAUGUAAGAGACUCCGUCAACGGUCCAGAAGAGCAAAAUGACGACGAUGCGAGCCCAAAGCUGCAAGGUGGUGAAGAGCUGGAACAAGACAAAGAGGCUGCAGCAAAGCAGCAGCUGACCAACAGCAGCUACAUUUGGGAUUACGUCUCUAAAGUCAAGAACCAGACUCUGUAUCCGUGGACCACCAGAGAGUCCGAACUGCUCAAGUGGCUGAGUUCUGGUAGAGACUCUAUGGGCUCCAACCAAGACCAAUCAGAACAAGGAAAAGACGCAGGAAGGCCGGCGACUGGCUGGGGCCAUAUCUGGGACAAUGUUUCUCAAACUCUGCAGCCCUGGACCGAUGGAGAGUCCGAACUGCUGAAGUGGCUGAGUUCUAGAAGAACAGACACAGAACCAGAAACGUCUGUAGCAACGGAGCCAACAGGCAGGAGAAACCUGUGGGACUAUGUUGCUCAAGUCAAGAGCCAAACUCUGCAACCCUGGGCUGAAGGAGAUUCUGAGCUGCUCGGCUGGCUGAGUGCUGGAAGAAGCUCCAAGCAGGCCGUAACGCCAGCGAGGGAGGACCCGGAACCAGAGGGCGGCGAUGCUGCAGCGAGGGCGUCGCCUGGAAGGAGCUUUGUCUGGAAGUACGUCACCAAAGUUAGGAAUCAAACACGGUACCCGUGGAGAGCGGAGGACUCUGAGCUGCCCAGGGAUCACGCGUCUGGUUUACCCGGCGCUGGCAGAGGGUCCAGUACGCCUGCCGGCGACGGUGAAACGGGACAGCAACCAGAUCGAGCUCUAGAGAAGGUCUCCUCGAACAUUUGGGAGGGUGCUGCAAAGAACCAAACCCUGCACCCAUGGGGGUCAGAUGGACCCGAGAUUUCACAGGCAGACGGUACGCAGGACGGCCAUGACGCGGGUGGUGGACACCGUGGACGAGAAGCAAGUGAAAACCUGGUGGACAUGGCGGCGGCAAGGAGAAACCUGUGGGACUAUGUUGCUAAAGUUAAGAACCAAACCCUCUACCCAUGGAGAGCGGAGGAAGCUGAGCUUCCCAAGAACCAGUCCACCAAGUUUCAGAGCCCAGAAUUAGAGUCCAGUCAAGAUCCGAGUGACGCAAACAGGAGCCAUGUUCUGGGCUACUUUACAGGAAAGCUUUCGGAUGCUUAUAAAGACGCAGAGAGGCGACUUCAGGGCACACGAGACUUCAUCCGAAACGUGGGAGUGGACGACAUGAAGCACGCCGUGUCUCAGUACGUCACCAUGAUGUCCAAAGAUCCUCCGCUGGUCCAGCAACCAAAGCCGCACCCUGCUCUGGAAAACAAAGUUACUGUGGUGGAUCUGUCCAGGUCCGGCCCCCUUGGUGGUUCUGAAGGAUUGAAUGCAGUGUCAGAAUGGCCCAAAGGUUCUGUGUCCGCAGUCAGGAACACCGGCACAGAGGACCCCCGUCCAGAGCAGUUUUAUCAGGGCCUGGUUGAGUUGCCACCAGCGCUGGCACAACUGCGUGGUCUCUCGUCCCAGCAGAUCGUGGCGAAAACUGAAUCUCUGUCGCCUCCGAGACCCGUUACCAAGAUUCUGAGCGUCUUCUGGCUCAGAGCGGCCAGCUUUGAGCAGCCCAGUCCAAAAGCAGCUUGCCUCCUCUUGUCAGAGCAGAGCCUAACGGCAGUCUCCGCUGACUCUUCAGACGCCCUCAGACUUUUCCACCAUUUGGACCUUAGCGAAAUCAAGGAGGUCCAGAUCAGUUUGGCGGGGCAGCAUGUCCGUCUGAUGGGCUGUAGUGAGGAUUCGGUUCUGGCUGUCUUCACUCACAACCAGGAGCUGACGCAGGACUUCUGCAAGGCCGUCCUGAAGGCCUGCUGUCCUGGGAAGGUCUCUGAGGAGACUGAGACUCACCCCUUGAUCUCAGGAGACCUCAUGUCUCUGUCUCUGGACUGGACCUCCAGCGUUCCUGAUGUUCUCGUACACAGCGGUCUGAAGGUCACGUCCAGAUUCAAGCGGGUCCUUGCAGACCUGCUCUACAUCAUCCACGGGAACAUGGAUGGUCCUAACCGACCUUCUCUGGGGGACAUCCGUCCUCUGCUCUACACCAGCGUCAGGGUGGCGGGCCCCAGCGCCGUCCAGCAGGACUCUCUGGUCCAGUUCCUCCUGACGGACACCCACGUUGCUCUUCUCCAGGAGGACGGCGUGUUUCAUCCGGUGCCGCGGGGGUCCAGCCGGGUUCCCGUUCAGCCUCAGUUCAAAGGUCUGCAGCUGCGCAGGCGUUCAGACAUCCGGUGCCUGCUGGUCAGGAGGAGCGAGUCCUGCUUCUGCGUGGACGUGGUCUUCACCAACCGCAGCAGGCGAGCCGUGAAGCGGCGGGCGGAGUGGAGGCGGGGCUCGGCCGACGCGUCGUCCUCAGGCGGUCGCUGUGACUCCUGGAAACUGACCUUCGGCUGCUCCUCAGAGGCUCAGAUGCUCCUAAAACACGUGUGCGUCUGAAGGUGGACUUCACCAGACCGCGGGAACGCGCCGCAUCGCCGCCGUCACUUUUAGGACAGAUCCGUCUUCAGAGGAAGAUUAACAGGAGUUACAUUUUAAAUGUUUUUAACCUUUUUAAGCUUUUGUCACAUUGAAAUCAGACUAAAUAAAUGUGUAAUUAGUGCAAUAAAAACAAGCUGCUAACCAAAGAUAAGUUAAGAUGUUUAUUAAUAUUAACCAGGAGGGAUGAUGAUGUCACUUUACUAAUGUAGUCAUGAUGGGAAAUAACUGUGACUGUUGUAUUUUGCACAAUGUAUAUGUUAUUGAUUUAAAACUAAAUAAAGAUUUAGAUUCAGUUUGAA